AGCCAGGCUCCGCUCCCGUCGUCUUCCACCUCCCUCCCUCGGCCCCUCCUAUAAAUACGCGGCCCGCGGGCGCCGGGACCGCGUAAAACGCGAAGAAAAAGUAAAAGAGGGAAAUAAGGCAGCGAAGAAAACAACGACCAGGGCGCGGGCGGCGAUGGAGAGGGGCGGCGGCGGUGGAGGUCGGGACGAGAUGAUGAUGACGUCGGGAGCGACGGGCCGGAUCGUGCCGGUGUUCCGCACCGUGCUGUCGCGGCGCGCGCUGCUGCGCGUCGCCGUCGCGCUGCAAACGCUCUUCCUCUGGCUGCUCCUCCUCGUCGGCCGCCGCCGCCGGGCGGGAACCGAGGCGGCGGCGUCGGAGGCGGGGAACGGGAAGGCGCGGCGGCGCCGGCAGGCCGCGGAGGACGAGGACGUGCGGCGGCGCAGGGCGCUCGCGGAGGAGGUGGCCAUGGCGGAGGACGCGGAUGCGGAGGGGGAGCACGGGACGCGGUGGGCGACCUUCCUCGUUGCCGGGGCCAGGAGGAACGCGCUUUUCUGCCGGCUCUGGGUGCCGGCCGCAGCGGAGAUGAGGGGCAUUUUGGUCAUCAUACAUGGGCUCAAUGAGCAUAGUGGAAGGUAUUUGCAUUUUGCCGAGCAGCUGACAGCUUGUGGCUUUGGAGUAUAUGCAAUGGAUUGGAUAGGGCAUGGUGGAAGUGAUGGCCUGCACGGCUAUGUGCCUUCACUAGAUUAUGUUAUCGAAGACAUAGAAGUGCUUCUUGAUAAAAUUAUGAUGGAGAAUCCAGGGGUCCCUUGUUUUCUUCUCGGUCACUCCACUGGUGGAGCUGUGGUCUUGAAGGCAUCGUUGUACCCUCACAUCAGAGAGAAACUGGAAGGGAUCAUCCUGACUUCACCAGCUCUGCGUGUAAAACCUGCCCAUCCAAUUGUUGGGGCCGUGGCACCGAUAUUCUCUCUAGUAGCACCCAAGUUCCAGUUCAAGGGAGCUAACAAAAGGGGCAUUCCCGUGUCUCGCGACCCUGCUGCCCUGCUUGCAAAAUACUCUGACCCAUUGGUCUACACAGGACCGAUAAGGGUUCGGACGGGCCAUGAGAUCCUGCGCAUAUCCUCCUACCUGCUGCACAACCUGAAGAAAGUCGCAGUACCUUUCAUGGUCCUGCACGGCACCGCAGAUCGGGUGACAGACCCGUUGGCUUCACAGGACCUUUACAACGAGGCUGCGUCGAGACACAAGGAUCUAAGGCUGUACGACGGAUUCUUGCACGACCUGCUCUUCGAGCCCGAGCGCAACGAGAUCGGAGCGGAGAUCAUCGACUGGAUGGAUCGAAUGCUCAGACUACAAACCGUAUGAAGUUGUGGUCAAAUGGCAGCAAGGGGAGGGAUUGAUUACACAGUGCUCUUCUGAAAGUGAUUUCUAGAUUGGUUGCGGUUGUUCUCAUUUGAACUGCAAGCGGGAGGAGAUAUUUCUGUUCUGUAACUAUCUAUAAUAAUUGAAAAACAUGAGUAUGUAUUCAUGUACUGCUGGUUUUGGAACCUUUUGUCAAUUUUGUAAGGGUUUAUGGCCCAGUUCUAGGAUAACUGUUAUGUCAGCAUAAUGUUCAGAUAUGCAGCACCCAGAGGUAUGGCUAUAUGAUAA